AUGGACGAGAGCUCCCGCGUCCACAUUACCGUGUGUGGAGAUGGUGGUUGUGGUUCGCGCGCCCCUCCAAAGCGUGCCAACUUUGUUGCUAACAUUCGCGCAGGAAAGAGCUCAAUCACAUUGCGCCUAGACUCGUACUCAGUCACGCGCACGAUAGACGGCGUGCCCUACUACCUGAUGCUCACCGACACCGCGGGGCAAGAAGAAUACCGCGGUCUCUGGGCCGCAUCGAAUCUCAAAUCCGACGCUUUUCUCCUCGUCUACGACAUCACGAGUGCGAACUCGCUCGAUGCGCUCGAAUACUACAUGGAGAUGAUUGACAUGGAAGAGGACAACCGGAUAGACAAUGGCAAAAUCCCACCCGUGAAAAUACUCGCGGGGAAUAAAUGCGAUCUCCAAGGGCAACGGCAGAUCAAGGCAAAAGACGGGCUGGAGUGGGCGCGGCAACGGAAGUGCGGAUUCAUGGAGACGAGCGCGAGGGAGAUGGUCAAUAUCGAGGAGACGUUUGCGCGUAAGUCUGGCGGAGACUCGGUACAGGGACAUGCUGACCAUGACAGUGUUGCCCGACGACUGGCCGCUCAGGGAGCGCCCGGCGCACAACCAUAUCGCACUGCUGCACUACCGCCGCCGAAAUCGAACGAAUCGUCGCCGUAUGCGCCAAACUUUGCAGAUGAGGAUGCCAAGAAGCCGAGUUUCUGGAGAAGACUCAGGUGCUGGUAG